AUGAAUUCAAAAUCACACUUCGAUGGAACAGAAACAGAAGAGCAAUCACCCGAAAGAACAUUUAAUGUUAGUGUAAUGACCGAAAAAAAAAGAGAAUCUCAAGAUAUAGAUGUAGGUGCAAAAGGGGACCUUGAAACGUCGACAAUCUUGAGGUUUCCACUGACAAACUGGAAAGUUGAACAGGCUUAUUACAGUGCAGAGCUUCGAGAUUACUUAACCAUCCACGAGUUUAGGAAACGACUCGAAAAAUUCAAUGACUUCUCACACAAAUUUCGAGUGAACCAGAUGAUAAUGAUUUUUCCAUGGAUACUCUUGUGCAUAAUUCUUAUAGUCAGCUUAACUCCUAUAGAAAAUCACGGGCAACUCGUGUCUCCGGAAAAGAUAAUUUGUGGAGUUUUCUUAUUUACCAUCGCCGUAGCCUCUGUCUGCUAUUGGUUUAUUUUGCAUAAGGGGAAACAGCGAAUAAAAUACUUAAACAAAUUGUUGGAAGAAUACAACGAGAUGGAUCUCCCUAAAAAUAUUAAUUGGCAGUUGCUCAAGUCGAAUAACUACCCUGAUGACAAGUAUAGUAAAAUGUGCUUGAACAUUGAAUUGGGUCCGCUUCUGAUGUACCAAAAGGAACCAACGCUCAAAGAGGUCCCUCGGGUAAUCACGAUUCACGAUUAUAUUGCCGAUUAUCAUAUUGACGACAAAAGGGACAGCAUUGUUAAUAUCAGAGAAAGCGUAGAAUCUAUUGACAGUGUCGAUAUAGAAAACAUCCAAAUUCGCACGGCGGUCAGAACGAGAUAUUAUCGUGAAGCGAUUCCGAACAUACCACCGCCAGCUUAUCAUGAGGGCUUAGGGAAAAGCAUGAGUACGAUUGAAGAAACGUGUGAAGAAAAAAUCGAAGAUGAUUAUAAGACUUUUGCCUGUAAUGAUGAUGGUGUUAAGCCUGAAUCCGAGUGUCAUGAGACGGACUUACCUGUUUGA